UGUUGAUUUGGUGUUGAUCAGGUGUGAGUGUGGAGAGCAGCUGCACACAGAGUACAUCAUUUUUCUGUGGUGUUGCUGAUAAUACCCGGAUCGGCUCCUCCCACAGCAAUUACAUCAUCACCAGUGAAGCUCCUCCCACUGCAGCUCAGCAAUAAAUGCUGGAAUAUCCCCAUCAGUUUACAAGUGAAGAUCAGCAUCAAAGUAUCAGGAAGAGCUAAAAUCUGCAAAGACUGAGUUUAUUAGAGGACAGAGAGAAGAUGAGAGAGAGAGAAACCUGCAGAAUGAAACACACUGAAGAUACUGAAGAACAGACAGAGCUGAUGGAAGAGAACGAGAAAAAUCAUGACCAACCUGGAGAAAAACAUCGGAGUUGCUCAAAGGCUGAAAAGACACUUUUAAAGAAAAAAAGUGCCAAGAAAUCUUACACCUGCACUCAGUGCAGAAAGAGUCUGAUAAACAAACAACAUUUUGAGCUUCACAUGAGAAUCCACACUGGAGAGAAACCAUUCACGUGUGAUCAGUGUGGAAAGAGUUUCCCACGCAAACAAAAUCUUGAGCUUCACAUGAGGAUCCACACUGGAGAGAAGCCGUUCAAGUGUGAUCAGUGCGGGACGGGAUUCGCAUUGAAACACUGUCUUAAGCGUCACUUGACAAUUCAUACUGGAGAGAAGCCAUUCACCUGUAAUCAGUGCGGGAUUGGCUUCACACGAAAAGCGUAUCUUCAGGUUCACAUGAGACUUCAUACUGGAGAGAAGCCGUACUGGUGUGAUCAGUGUGGGAGGAGUUUCACACAAUCAGCACACCUUAAAAGACACAUGUUGAGCCACACGGGAAAGAAACCGUACGCAUGUGAUCAGUGUGACAAAACGUUUUUUGAGGCAGCAAACCUGAAAAAUCACCUGACGAUUCAUACGAAAGAGAAGCCGCAUUCAUGUUCUGUAUGUGGAAAGAGUUUUUCGCGGCCGCAGUAUUUGCAGAAACAUGAGAAAACGCACACUAGUGUGAGGGAUCACAUGUGCUUUGAGUGUGGAAAGACUUUUACUGCAGCAAACUUUUUAAAAUUGCACCAGAGGAUUCACACAGGAGAGAAACCUUACAAGUGUUCACACUGUGACAAGAGAUUCAACCAGUCAUCAAGUCGGAAAAUGCACGAAAGGAUCCACAGCAGCGUGAUGCCGUACACGUGUGAGCAGUGCGGGGCGAGUUUCAGACACAAAUCAUCUCUUAAGGGUCACAUGAGAGUUCACGUCGAAAAGAAACCACACACAUGUGAUUAGUGCAGAAAGAGUUUCGC